CGUCGUUGCCUUCUUGCGACCGUUGGCUUGCUUGGUGUGUGUCGUCCUUACGUGUUGCGCCACCCACAACCACCCACGCAUCUCACAUCAACAACCACACCAAAAGCGAGCUCCUUCAUCAUCAAAGCCCCCAUAACAACACCAAUAACCAACCAACGCACCGCUUUGUUGUGUGUGCGUGUGCGUGUGUGUCUGAGCGGUGGCUGCUGCUGCUGCUGCUUCCAUCCAUCCAAACAAACAAACGAACACGCAAACAAACACCCCACAAACGCCACUUCUCCGCUGGCUCUGACAACCAGCAUCAUGGCACCACCACCACGUCAAUGGUGUUGGGCCUUGGAUUUCCUCCUACUCUCACUCUUGUUGCUCGCCACAACUCCAAGCCAAGUGGAUGCCUUCAACAGCGAGUGUGGAGCAAACUACAGCCCUGAUUCGCCGUGCGCACACUCCUGCUGUGCUGAUUACGAGUUUACGUCAAACACAUGCAUCGAGGAUGCCACGGCCCCGAUGGGAUACCGGUGCGGCUGCUCUUCCCCAUUUGUCUCAGCAGACAGCGACACAGAAUGCGUCUGCCAGGCAUCCUGCGCCUCUGGAACAAUCUCGGCCGACUGCUCGCGGUGCGAGUGUGAGCCGAACCAAGGCUGCAAGGGUGGCCGAUGUCGACGCUACAUCACGUCGACUGGGGAUGAGCCCUUGGCUUGGUUCGACGACUUCCCGCCCACGUGCACCAACUGCCAAUGCCUUGACAUCGACUGCAACACGACAUACUCAAACGCCUGGCCAGACAGUAUUGGCUACUGCCGAUGCCUCAGCGCGCAGGCGACAUGUGAUGUGUUUGGAUGCCAGAGCGGACACAUCUUGUAUGGGCGCUUCAUCCGCCUCUUUCAAGAGUCCUGCGAAGAAUGCGUUUGCAAUGAAGCGCAACCCGCGUGCAGUCAGCCCGGCAUCAACCUCGCCGAUAUCCGUGACGACUGGGUGUUUGAGGGCAGCUUGGACUGCACGAGCGGCGACCCGGAGCCAUUCACCCUCACGGAUCUCCGGUGGGAGGACGGGCAGGUGACGGCGUCCAUCUACACAACAGUGUCCGGCCACAUUGGCGGAUGGAAACUCCGGUCAUCGUUCUUCAACAACGACACAGGCUGCGUAUACCUUGAUAGGGAAUCAGGCUGGGUGAUCAACCCAAACAAUGGUGAUGACGUGAAGAGAUACAGCCAGGUGAGCUUGCGCGGUCAGUUUUACAACGACGGCACGACGCUGCGGUUUGAUGGCCUCAUCCCGGAAUGCAAGAGCUCCCCACUCGCAUCCUCGCUCGCAGCGCCUUGCGACUACAAUACGGAAUACAGGAACUAUCGCGGCAUCUGCACACCUCUCAGCGACUGCGGUGUUGGCUACCAGAUUCUCACGCCUGCCACAGAAACAACGGACAGGGUCUGUGCGCCGUGCACCACAGGCACGUUUGCAGAUUCGCUCAACCAGGACGAGUGCACUGCUUGGACCAACUGCGUGCCCGGCAACGAGGAAUCGGUUGCGCCAACGAGCUCAAGUGACCGUCAGUGCAUUCCAUGUGGAAGUGGAACGUACUCUGACACGGUGAAUGCGGAGUCGUGCACAUCGCACAAACAGUGCCCGACUGGCGAGGCGGAGGUUGUGGCCCCAACGCCAUCCUCUGAUCGCGUCUGCAGCACCUGCGAUGGCGUGAACACAUAUGAGGCGCCCGAUGGGGACGGAUGCAUCGACAUCUCGCGCUGUGAUCCCGGUACUUACGAGACAGCCGACCCCACACUCUCCUCUGACCGGAUGUGUGCGGCGUGCCAGAGCGGCAAGUACCAGAGUCAGCCAGACGAAGAAGAGUGCAUCCCCUUCACCACGUGCCACGCAGGCUCCUUUGUCACCCUGCUGCCCACAUCCAGCUCCGACAGGGUCUGCCAGGCAUGCGACGGUGUUCUGCGGUAUCAGAACGAAACGAAUGCGCUCUCGUGCAAGUCUGUGACGACGUGUGGCUCUGGUCAGGAGGAGGCGGUGCCGCCGACGCCAGCCAGCGAUCGGUCGUGCGUCAACUGCGUUCUCGGCGAAACCUUCAAGGUGGAGGCUGGUAGCUCCACACGUUGCAACAAUGUGACCACGUGCGAUGCAGGCACCCAGGAGAAUACUGCGCCAACCAUCUCCUCAGACCGCCAAUGCGAGCCAUGCCCAAGCGGAUCAUACAAGGAAACAGCAGGCAACUUCCCCUGCCGCGUAUCACCGCAGUGCUCCAUUGGCAAAUAUGAAACGAAGGCAAUCACGCCCACGUCCGCACGCGAAUGCACGCUCUGCGAACUGGGCACGUACAAAGCGACAAUCGGGCCGGAAGCGUGCUCCGUGUGGACAGAGUGCAACGCUGACCAGUACGAGAGCGUCAGCCCAGACGCCAGCACCAACAGGAAAUGCACAGAUUUGACGGUGUGCGGUGCCGAUGAAUUUGAGCUUGAGGCGCCCACAGAGACGCGCGAUCGCGUGUGUGCGGACUGUAGCGUGUGCCCGCCAACCCAUGAGGAAACCAUGCCCUGCACCGACACUUCAGAUACAGUGUGCCUGGAGUGCAAGACGUGUCCGCCCGAAGAAUACCUUGUUGUGCGCUGCUCCAACUCCACAGACGGAGUGUGCGGCGCGUGUGACACCUGUGGGUCGGGCCAGUACGAGAUCAGCCCAUGCAAGGACAGUCGAAACCGCGUGUGCGCGGACACAACCCCGUGCACGGAAACACAGUUUGAGUAUCAGCCCCCCACCGUCACGACAAACCGUGUCUGCACCAACUUCACGGUGUGCACGCCAAACGUGCAGUACGAGGCUGUUGCUCCCACAGCGACAGGCGACCGCAUGUGCGAAGACAUCAGCCCGUCGUGUUCUGCUGGUUAUGAGCAGACACAGGAUCCUUCGUCCACAACUGACAGGGAAUGCCGCAUGUGCCCUGCUGGGACGAUUGAUCACGACAGCGAUCCACUGACACCGUGUGUUGGCUGCCCCACUGGCACGCACGUGCUUGCUGGAUCUUUCGGAGAAUGCUCGCAGUUUGAAUGCGUUCCUGGCAAAGCGGAUUUGGACAGAAACGCUAGCACCCAUUGUGAAACGUGUCCGAGUGGAACGUUCCAGAACCUUCAUGGGCAGACCGAAUGCAACCCAUGGUCCAGCUGUCCACCAGGAACACAGGCCGUGCCAGGCUCUGCCUCCACCGUGAACGAUCGCCAGUGCGCUUCGUGCGAUUUGGGCGUCACCUUCAGCGACACCAACACCACCGCGGAGCCCUGCCGUGACGUGACGGUGUGCCCAGCCGGCUAUCACGAAGACACACCACCAACCCUCACAUCAGAUCGUGUCUGCGUCCCCUGCCCAAGCGGCACGUUCUCUGCCACGGUGGGCCAGGGCCUGUGCCACGAGUGGCACGUGUGCGAGGCUGGCAGGGGCGAAACAACUGCGCCAACGUCCUCUAGUGACCGCGUGUGUUCGCUGUGCCAGUUGGGCACCACCUACCAGCCGCACGACAACGCCACCACGCCGUGUCUCGUCGUGUCAGAGUGCAACCCCGGGUUUGAGGAAACUGAAGCCCCAACCCUCUCCACGGACCGGGUGUGCCAGCAGUGCGUGCUCGGCGAGACGUUCAAGGCCGGUGUGGGUGAAGGUGACUGCCAGCUUGUCAGCUCUUGCCCACCUGGAAAGGAGCAGAAAACAGCACCAACGCUGUCCACAGAUCGAGAGUGCCAACAAUGUCAGCUGGGCGUGACCUUCAAGGCGCUCGCUGGACAGGCGCCAUGCAUCACCACAACGGCCUGUGGCCCCGGAAAGUACAUGACCGUUGCGCCAACAAGGUCGUCUGACCGCCAGUGCAUGACGUGUGAGUCUGGCAAGUUCAAGUCGAGCGCCUCCAACCAGGACCCGUGUCUCCUUGUCCGCCCGCCAUGCGAGGAAGGGGAAUACCAAUCACGCAACCCCACUCCGAGCUCUGACCGGGAGUGCAGCGCCAUCUCCACGUGUGCAGAGGGCUACUUUGAGUUUCUGCCCGCAACAGCAACAUCCGACACGCAGUGCGAGCAGUGCCGUCAGUGCCCGGAGCAGCACAUUCAAAUUGCCCCAUGCAACCGCACCACAAACACACAGUGUGAGGGGUGUAGUUCGUGUCCGUCGGGUCACUUUGCGUCCCGCGCAUGCACAACGUUCAAUGACACCGUGUGCAAGGUGUGCUCCUCGUGUGCACUGGACGAGCAGUAUCAUCUGCAGCCAUGCACGGAGACAAGUGACACCGUGUGCGCACCUCGCAGCACGUGCCAACCUUGGCAGUACGAUGCACGGGAGCCCAACAGCGUGCUUGAUCGCCUGUGCACCAACAUCACUGCCUGCAAGCAAGGCGAGGAGUACGAGACCGCAGAACCUACGGCAACAAGCGACCGCGUGUGCUUGCAGGCAACGGAAUGCGAGCUGGGGACGGAGCUGGUGAGUCCGCUCACGCCCACAUCCGACCGCGUGUGUCGUGCGUGCCCACGCGGCUUCGCUGACCACGACCUGGACCCGAGCACACCAUGCGAGGCGUGCGCUGUUGGCACGUACAGUGACGAGCAGCAGUAUGGGCGGUGUGAGCAGUGCCGUCUUGGCACAAGCGAGGAAGACGCCGACCCUCGCACGCCGUGCACGACUUGCGAACCAGAGUCUUACCAGAACAGGAUUGUUCAGGUUGGCUGCAUGUCUGCGCGCGUGUGCGGCGUUGGGUUUGAGGAGGCCCUGUCACCAACAGUGACCUCGGAUCGCGUGUGUGUUGCGUGCAGCAACCAUACGUUCAAGGCAGUUCCAGGAAACGACAUUGAGUGCAAGCCCUUCAGCAAGUGCGGCCCAGGCACGCAGCUCGUCUCACACGGCACAGCGACACACGACACGCAGUGUGAAGUGUGCCCGCUCGGGAAGUGGAAGGACGAUGACUCGGAAUUCCCCUGCAACCCCGUGCACACGUGCUUUGAUGGCGAAAUCACCGCCAUCCGCCCAACACCUUCAUCUGACCGGGUGUGCAGUGCGUGUGCGUUUGGGACGUAUGCCACGUCGAGGAGCGACGAUGCCGUGUGCGCAGACUGGACCGACUGCAACCGUGCCGUCCAGUUUGAGUUUGUGGCGCCAACAUCAUCCAGCGACAGACAGUGCGCUGAUCUGAGGACGUGCACGGAGACGCAAUACGAGGAUGCAGCGCCAACGGCGACAACAGACAGAGUGUGCCGCGCGCGCUCUGAGCUGCACACCUUCCGCGUGUGGAUGAAUGCGAGCUACGUGGAGUAUGCGCUUGCCUCGCCAUCCCACGAACUGGAAUCGGCGCUCGAGUCCACCUUGCGGGAGCGCGUGGCGGCUGUGCGCGGAUACGUCGAAGUUGUGCUGGAAGAAAAUUCCGUUCUCGCUGAAGACCGGACAGUUGCCAAUGUGUCCGCGCGCUCCGUGGCCGCACGUGCCCAGGUGGAGGCGCUGGGCGAGUUUGAGGUUGAGGUUCAAGGCACAGCCAUCCUCUCUGUGCUGUACACGGAGGACGAGGCCAUUGCGGCUCGCAUGGGCACGUAG